AUGGCUGGCGCGACCGACCACCCGGAGGACAGGAGCGAGGAGGGCUCCACCGGCCUGCCGGACGCCGGCGACGCCAUUGACACGGCCACCUUUGAGCAGAUUCUCGAGAUGGACGACGACGAGGACGAGCGCGAGUUCAGCAAGAGCAUUGUCUUCGACUUCUUCCAGCAGGCCGAGAGCACCUUUGAGAAGAUGGAGUCGAAUCUCGCGAAGAAGGACCUCGCCCAGCUCUCGCAGCUCGGCCACUUCCUCAAGGGCUCGUCGGCCACGCUCGGCCUGACCAAGGUGAAGGACAGCUGCGAGAAGAUACAGCACUUUGGCGCAAACAAGGACGAGACGGGCACGCACGACGAGCCGGACGACGAAAAGUGCCUCGAGCGCCUGACCAAGACGAUCGCGCAGGCCAAGCAGGAGUUCAAGGACGUCGAGAAGGUGCUGCGGAAAUUCUACCACGACGAGCCCUCGUCCACCUCUUCUUCGUAG